AUGGAGAUCGCCUUGGUGAGUUUUGAGAACGGCGGCGCCAAAGGGAGCGGUGGAGGCGGAGGAGGCGGCAAUGCCGAGGAGAGCUGCCGGAACGCGCUGGAUGUCCCUCAGCCCGGCUUCGUGCAGACUGGACUCGGGGAGGACUUUGGCAAAGAGCUGAACACCCGGGGGAGUCCCCAGCCGCGGCUGCACCCGCUCAGCAGCUCGUGGAAAAUCAACGACAUGAACAGCACUUUCAGCUGCAGCGAGAACGCCAUGGAUGCGCUUUUACGCGCGGACCACAGUCCGCAUCUGUUCGACGAGGACAUGAUGGACAUGCACAUGGACACGGAGAGCAACGAGAGGGUGCUCAUCAACAUCGCCGGGCUGAGGUACGAGACCCAGCUAGGAACCCUCAACCAGUUCCCUGACACUUUGCUCGGAGACCCCGCCAAGAGGAUCAAGUACUUCGACCCGCUCCGGAACGAGUACUUCUUCGACCGCAACAGACCGAGUUUUGACGGGAUUUUGUAUUUUUACCAGUCAGGUGGGAAGGUCCGGAGACCCGUGAACGUGUCCAUCGACGUGUUCGCGGAUGAGAUCAGGUUUUACCAGCUGGGGGAGGAGGCCAUGGAGCGGUUCCGAGAGGACGAGGGCUUUAUAAAAGAGGAGGAGAAGCCGCUGCCUCAGAACGAGUUCCAGAAGCAGGUCUGGCUCAUAUUCGAGUACCCGGAGAGCUCGAGUCCCGCCCGGGGCAUCGCCAUCGUGUCCGUGCUCGUCAUCACCAUAUCCAUCAUCACCUUCUGCAUGGAGACGCUGCCAGAGUUCCGGGACGAGCGGGAGCUGAUGGUCACCAACCGCCUGGACAACAGCACCGCGCCGCGGCCGUCCCUCACCUUCACCGACCCCUUCUUCAUCAUCGAGACCACGUGCGUCAUCUGGUUCACCUUCGAGCUCUUCGUGCGCUUCUUCGCGUGCCCGAGCAAGUCCGAGUUCUCCAAGACCGUCAUGAACAUCAUCGACAUCAUGUCCAUCAUGCCUUACUUCAUCACAGUGGGCACGGAGCUGGCGGAGCAGCAGGGUCAGGAGCACCAGAACGGGCAGCAGGCUAUGUCCCUGGCCAUCCUGAGGGUGAUCCGCCUGGUGCGGGUCUUCAGGAUCUUCAAGCUCUCCAGACACUCCAAGGGGCUCCAGAUCCUGGGCCAGACCCUGAAGGCCAGCAUGCGGGAGCUGGGCCUGCUCAUCUUCUUCCUCUUCAUCGGGGUCAUCCUCUUCUCCAGCGCCGUGUUCUUCGCGGAAGCGGACGAGCCGGAGUCUCACUUCUCCAGCAUCCCGGACGCCUUCUGGUGGGCGGUGGUGACCAUGACCACGGUGGGCUACGGGGACAUGAGGCCGGUGACGGUGGGGGGGAAGAUCGUGGGCUCGCUGUGCGCCAUCGCCGGUGUGCUCACCAUCGCGCUGCCGGUGCCGGUCAUCGUGUCCAACUUCAACUACUUCUACCACCGGGAGACGGACCAGGACCAGUCCUCCCUGAAGGACGAGCCCAACAGCGGCCGAGCGAGUCCCGAGCUCAAGCGCAAAGGAAGUAAAUCCUCCAACAAGUCCCAGGACGCGGAGAACCACGAAGCGUCGGCCGCUGGAGAGAAGGCGAACAUCAAGGCCAACAGCAGCAUGGACUUCAAGAGAUCCCUUUACGCGUUCUGCCUGAACACACGGGAGACGGACCUGUAGACCCCCCACUGUGACCCCCCCGUUAAUGGCUCUUAAGUCUUUGCACAUGGCGCAGGAGGAUCAACACAUCGCAAUCCUGAAAAGUUUUAAGAGCGCCGGGGUUGAUUUAUAAAAAGCACAUUUUAAUCCGCCUCAAUCUGGUGAGCACAUCCCUUAGUGAAGAGUUCUGACCCAACCCCGGAGCACGUGACGCCACACGGAGGCCCGUGAACUCAGCAGGACCGUUACCAGGGGGCGACUCUCUGCACUCUUUGUACAUAAUGUAGGAAACAGUCCAUAUUCUGCAACACGAGAAAAAGCCACAUUUUGUUUUUUCUUACCUUCCCUACAUUUAGUCAUUAUGUUUACAAGAAAAGUUGCCGCAAAAGUGUACAUAUCUCCCACACGCCUACUAGUUAUGAAUUGGAUUACGGUGUUAUUGUAGAUUUUGAAAAACAGAAAAGAAACAAGUAUAUUUUUGAGACGCAGGCGCCUGUUUCCCUUCGCUCAGGUUCUGUCACAGAAGUGAAACACUUUCCCUUUGUCCAGCUGAGAGUCGCUUGGUUCUCAGACGACCUGGAUCCAGACGCUGAACAGCAGCAGCCUUGUUUAUGAUCAUUUGAGUUUUUGAGAAGUAAAGGACCUUGUGGAAGUAAAGUGAAGGAAUGAGCCAAGACACGAGGACAGAGCGGAGACCACCUGGAGAGAAGAAGCCACACUGACACCAGAGGGGAACCCUGCCCUCCGACCAUCAGGACACUUCACCACAGGACCCGUCCCCCCGGAAUCGAACCCACUGCUGCUGCAGCGUGGAACACCCACUUUUGGAACUUUGUGCCUUCAACCAAAAUUCACCAGUGAUACUUCUGAAGCUUUUUGUUUUCUUGCAUCUCUUGUUGGUUUUCCUUGGUGAGGACAGAGGAUCAAUCUGCCUGAUGUCCGAGGGCCUGGGGGGGGCUGCUUUGUCUCUCUGAGCCAGGACAUGAAACGUUCCAUUAUGUCCUAAAAUGUUCUUUUUUACUACGAAUAGUGUCAGUGAUUUACUUCAUAUCAGAAGAAAUCCCUUUCUGUGCAAUAUCAGUGGAUAUUUAUGUGGAGUUGUCGUGUGGAUUUAGACUUUGGACAAACUUUUUGGUUUAUUUUUUAACGAUGUUUUCCUGAUUUCUAUUUUUCUAAAACGAUAAGUCAGAUGAGGGGAGAGAAAAAAAAAUACGUGAAGGGAAUGAAGACGUUUGGUUGUUGCUAAAAGACGAUUUGUUCAAGUUAAGUUUUCCUCAACUACAUUCCCUCCUGCUCGGACCAGGGCCAAAGCCAUAGCCUAUCUCAGAACCCCCCCCAGGGGCCGAGCAGCCAGAUGCAUUCUGGGCCUCCGCUCGUCGGCUCGGCUGUGGGACUUCUCGAGCUGUUCUGGUUUCUACUGUUACGUUCAGGGGCUUGAACCUGAAGUCGUUAGUAUUCUCUACCUUUGUGUGGCCUGUUCUCUUUGCUGUUAUUUUGUACUUCCUCCUACAUAUCAGUCGAGCAACUAUAAGUGACAUGAGUGUGUGCACGUCGGAGAGGAUGAGCGGGUGGGAGAUGAAACACUGUAAAUUCUCAAAUGCAAGACAAGCAAUGAUCAGGUGUCAUUAAAAUGUCCCACACAAAGUUAACAGAUUUAAAAAUAAUCAUGAAGGUUAAACAUGUAAGAAAAGUUUGUGUUCAACUGAACCAGAAGGUUCCACUGUUUCAUCUGCUGGGUUCACAGCCUGCUCUGCUAAAUCUCACACCGGGUUCCAGUUGGUUCUAAACCUCAUGUGUCACUGGGAAAACACGUCAACAAGUCAACACGUCAACACGUCAACAAGUCAACACGUCAACAAGUCAACAAGUCCCAAACCCAAAGUUCAAAAACAAAACCCCAGAUAUUCUAAAUACAAUCUUUAAAAAACGUAGACAAUCAGUAAAAAGACUCCCACAGCUGCAGGUAUUUCCAGAAUCCUCUUCAAACCAUUUGGAUGAAAAAAUAUUAGAAAUAUUUAUCCUUUUAUAUAUAUUUUUUAUUCUUGAAAGUUUUUACGAGCUGUGACUGUUUCCAAUCCAAACUAACAUGGUAGCUAGCAUCGACAUAUCUCACGCUCAAUGACAUGAACUCAGAUUACAGUAUUUAUUUAAUUUUUAUACACAAUAAUAUAUUUAUUUACUGCAUCUGUUUUUUGUUUCUAGCAGGGACGUGUGUAAUUUCUGGAUUCACAGGAAUUAGCUUUUAAAAUCUAUAUUUUGCUUCAAUCAAACCUGUUUUUUCAUCCAGAUGUUUUUGAGGAAGUGAGAAACUAAAUGUUUGUUAGAUUUGUGCCUUGUUUUCUGAAGUAGUUUCAAACUGCGUCGGGUCUGUGCAGGUUGGUUCACGUGGUCCACACGUCUCAGACUGGUCACUGUCCGAUCUACCAGUGAAUUACCAUGAACUGGAUGUGGAACCGGUUCCUGGAGUGUCUGGGUUACACCUUAUCUGUUUAACAUAAAAUCAGUUAAAUAGUGUGGCUAUUUGAGAAUUUACAGUAACUCCAGUUUUAUUGUUUCAACCCUGUUUCCUGUCAUUGUGAAUCGUGUUCUGUGAAUCCUUGAAGCUGCUAAUCCAUGUAAUGUGUAGAUGGGAGAUAUCCAGCCUUAUCCCUGACGUCCUAUCAGCAUCCUCCAUAUACCUCACACACACACACACACACACGUAAUCAUUCUUCAGGCGUAUUGGUUUCAUGCAUCAGUGAUUCACUUGCCUCAGUUUGAGCCUUUCAGGGAAUCGUCACUUUCACAAAACCAAACUUUUCUGUCGUGUUUUCAGUUCAGUGGUUUUAUUUUCACCCGUUUUUCAGAAUGAAUCUUUAUUCAUUCAUCUAAACAAAGGUGAAAACAACUUUAACAAGUGUGUGGACUUAAAAACCUUGAUGUGUGACAGUGGAAAAAAUCCUUAAUUUGAUAACUUGAUUAUCAAGAGUAACCACAUGAGAGAAAAGGAUCCUGACACCACAGGAACAUAUCAGUUUGAGUUUGGUUGAAGGUUUGUAGAACAUGUCAGGAGAAACCUUCUGUGUCUUCUGGACACCAGAGUCUUCACAGUUCUCACAAAUGAAAGAAAUCUCUUCUGAAGUUUUUCUUUUUUAUGCAACUGAAACAGAAACGAUGAAAAACCCUCGAAGGCACAAACUGGUCCACAAGUCCGUCUCACCUGAAUCCACCUGUUACAGCAUUUUAACAACUUGCUUGAAAAGCAAGUGUUAGUAGGAAAACCUACAAGUGUUUGGUUUCUUUUUUUAUGGUAGUUCUUCUUUUUUUAUUGCAUGGUUUUGACUGAACUCCGCCCCAUGAUGAUGUGUUCUGCCAACAGUAGUGGAGGCAGCUUCCCUUCCGUGUGGAGUCCGUGGACUCUGCUGCCUGCGAGUGGAGCUGCCUCCGUCCAGCACCACCUUCCACCGACACCGUCCCCAAAACAAACGCUGCCAAAUUGGUCUGAAUAAGCCAAAUUUUUUCUGACGUUCUCUGUGUAAAGGUGGUUGAAGUGUAUCACAUGUUAAACCUCAUCCCGUUAAUGUUACGUUGUGUUUUUAACAAAAAAGAAUCCUGUUUGUUAAAAUGUUGAUAAUAUAUGCAGAAGACUUACGAAAUAAACUGAAACAAACUCAA